AUGGGUGACAAACAAUCCUUGCUAGAAAUGGAGAAGGAAGCGAAUGGACUGCGACGAAUAGCUUUCUUUGGUGUCGCUGUCUCAACAAUGGCCACCUUAGUAUGUAUUGUAUCUGUGCCGAUGAUGUAUAACUACAUGCAACACAUGCACACAAUGAUGCAGAAUGAGAUUAAUUUCUGUAAAAUGCGUUCAGGAAAUAUCUGGAAGGAAGUUACACGAACUCAGGUGUUGGCCCAAGUGUAUCCAGCACAAAACUCAUUAUCAACUCGAACACAUCGCCAAGCCGGCUACGGAUUCGACACAUCUUCUCUUGCUGUUGAAGCUAACACCCAAACUGCAUUGUGCUGCGGGUGUGGUGUCAGCCCAAUGGGACCGCCUGGUCUUCCUGGAUCUGACGGUAUUGACGGCGAGGAUGGUCCGGCAGGAUUACCCGGUAAAGAUGGUCCCGAUGCUCCACCACCAAUUCCUCAAAAGGAACCGGAGUGGUGCUUUGACUGCCCGGAAGCGCCAGCAGGACCACCUGGCAGUCCAGGUCCGAAAGGACCACCAGGAGAACCCGGAAUUCCAGGCGAAAAGGGCGUUGACGGCAAUCGUGGACUUACGGGACCAGUGGGGCCGAUUGGACCACCGGGUGAGCCUGGGCAACCGGGAAAAGCCGGACCUCCGGGACCACCCGGCAAGCUCAACGAAGUUCCUGGACCUGAAGGACCACCUGGACCUCCAGGACCACCCGGACCACAAGGACUGGAAGGACCACCCGGCAGGAAUGGAGAACCUGGGCCAGACGGAUCACCAGGUGAUGCCGGUGAUCGCGGUGCAGCGGGACCGCCAGGAGCUCCAGGUAAACCAGGCCCAACCGGUCCUGAUGGCUUGGCCGGACCAUCAGGUGGAUGCGAUCAUUGUCCACCGCCUAGAACUGCACCUGCGCUUUACUCACCUGUUCAAAUUGUCUACAUGAUGCCAGAACAGAAAUUCCGUGGUGCCUGGAUAUUGGCGGGUUUGUACGCGGCAAUAAUGGUCGAAUCUGCCACCGUUGGGCUUUUAUUUCAUGCUACGCUGGCAGAAAUGGUGGAUCACAGCCAAAUGAGUGUAGAGCAAAGGGAUUCUGUAGCUGUAAUAAUCCUCACUUUCGUCGUCGUGUCUCUAAUCGGCUACACUCUCACAGUCCCUUGCCUCUGUUAUGGUGUACAAAAACACUCAGCAACAGCGUUGGUACCGUAUCUUGUCUGGAGAAUGUUAUUCUCCAUAAUAAUUCUAAUUGUAGUGAUUUGGCAGGUCAUCACUUCCCCUAAGAAACCGCUUCUAUUUCGCUCAGCGUUCUAUGAUAGACAAUUCCCUGUUGCUGUGUCGGAGAUCCUAAUAGGGACGAUUUUCUUUGGAAUUGCCCUCAGGGCACACCGCGAAUUCACCACAAAACGGCUGAGCCGUGAACGUCAUUUGGACAAUGAUCCUUUCCUCUGA